ACGAGUCCGUUGCGGAUGCCCUAAGUCUUCAGGACACGUGAAGCAGUCGAAGAAAAAGAACAAGAGAUUCUGUGGGUUGUUUGUUUGAUCUUUGAGAGCAAUGGUGAAAUCGACGAGUAAGGAUGCUCAGGAUCUGUUCCGUUCUCUUCACUCCGCUUAUUCCGCUACUCCGACUAAUCUGAAGAUCAUCGACUUGUACGUCGUGUUCGCCGUCUUCACUGCUCUGAUCCAGGUGGCUUACAUGGCCUUGGUGGGCUCAUUUCCUUUUAACUCUUUCCUAUCUGGAGUUCUCUCCUGUAUUGGGACUGCUGUUCUGGCUGUUUGCCUCCGGAUUCAAGUGAACAAAGAAAACAAAGAAUUCAAGGAUUUAGCACCUGAACGAGCGUUUGCAGAUUUUGUCCUCUGCAACUUGGUCCUCCACUUGGUGAUUAUCAAUUUCCUUGGAUAGGUUUCCAUCUCAUAUCUUACAUUGUGCUUUGAGUUUUUAGGUGUCACUUUGGUAUCAAAACUGUAGUUUGAGAUAUUUAUAUUUCUGUCAAAGAAUCAAAACCUUUUUCUUGUCUCUCAAUAACACUAAUUUGACAAGUGUCAAUAUAUACAGUCUUCAAGUUAGUGUGAGUUCAGGUCACUGAACAAAUUCACGUACAGAAGAUCUAAUAAUUGUGCUUAUUUACUAAUUUAUAAACAUUAGAAACCAAUAUGAAACACUGUGUAUAUCAUUACGUGUAGAUACAAAUGUGACUUGUUCAACC